UGCGAUUUCUCACAGAGACGUGCGAUCAACAACGACGUCGUGCAGCUCUAGUUUUCGUUUUGCACCAUGCAGAUGUGCCACUAGAUGCAUCCCCAAUUGGCUAGGAUGGAAUCGGCCCCCGCGUUCAUGGCCCCGGCGGCGACUACACAUCCCCAUUUCUCUCUGGCACCUUCACUGCCAGAUCUUCCAGAGGCCGAAUACGUAACCGAGUCCGGUGGCGGUGACGGUCUCUCCUCCGAUCCCUGCGUCAACCCUAACCCAAAUCAGGACCCAACAAGCAAAAAGAAAAAAAGACACAUCUUGAAAAUGCCAGGCACAAGUGGCAUGUCGAGAUGCCAAGGCAAGGUUCAAGACAUGUCUGUCAGUCAAACAUGGAUCAGCCCAUAAGUGACUUGUCAGAGACAGACCGGCGAUUUCGGAGCCCGUGAUUGGCUGUGGCUGUCUUUUUGUGCCCCAGAAUGAAAGGACCCGGGGAAGCAGCAGAAGCAACGUGGGUUGACCCCCAUGCCCGCCGCCAGCCAGCGCGACUGGCACACAAACAGGGCUCCAGCUCUCCGGCAGUGAUUGCUCCUUAUAAGGCGUGCCGGUUCCCAACCCGCAUCACGCCUCUCACCAGACAAACACACACACACACACACACCCAAACGCUGUCGUUUUUGGUCGAGGAGGGAUUGUAUUCUGACGCCCGCGCUGUUUCUAGACAGUUGCCCGUUACGUCAGGAACAUUCGUCUCAAGGAAGAGCCAAGGAGAGGAAGAAUGGCGACCAUGAACCCGACGGCUGUUUGGGGUACUGAUCCCGAGAGGGGCCAGGCCCUGAUGAUGGGGGAGCACAGGCUCUCAACUAGAUGCCCAACUACAGCGCCGAACGUCAACUUGUACUUUUCCACUCUUGCCACGGUGGGAGCCGGCACUGAUGAAUGGGGUCUCGCACCAGCAGCAUGCCAGAUUCCCAGUUUUUCGGGCCCGCAUCCGCACACGGCGCCCUUUGGUUUCCAUUAUGUCCCUGACGAUCCUGGAGGCUGCUUCACCACACCACCACCGCUCCCCGCCUUCCAAUCGCCUGGUAUCACCAGCCACCCCACUUGUCCCAUCACCACCUCGUCCUCCACCACCGGACAGUUUGGAAACAACUCGUCCGGAAAUGGCUAUUUUCCCCAUCACAACCCUGUUGCCCCUGUCACGUGGACGGCAGAAACCGACAAAGUCACCAACAGCAUAAGCGAGCGCGAGCGCAGCCUCUUCUCUUUCCAGCACCAGCUGCAGCCAGGUGACACCACCAUUCGCACCACCGACGCCUCGUCUUUCUCGUCGGCUUCAACCCACAGCCCGUUGCACUCACCGACUUUUACCCCGAGUCCCGGAGGAAGAAAUGUCUCAUGGUCCGCUUCAUCGUGUGCUUCGUCGCCACCACCAUCCUGUGAAAAGAGCGGUGAUGAUUAUUUUGCCUCUACCGCCACCAUCGUCCCCAUGAAUGCGGGCAAUGUUUCCUCAAUUACCACCCAGCAAAUCCCUCUCAAACCCAGCAGCCGCGUGAUUGCAGCUUCCCCGCUGACUGCGCCGAGCCAGACGCAGACAUUGGAGGAAUACGAAAGCAGUCGACGGUUGUGGCACAACCAGAUUGGCAAGAAGUACCGGACUAAGCUGAACGAGCAGUUUGAGAACCUGCAGCUUGUUUUGCGGCUGUAUGAUGAGGAUGGGGACGACACCGACACCGAGGGUCCAAACAUCAAUGUCAAGGGGCGGUCUAUCAACAAGGCUAAAUUGUUGGACAUGGCGAGGCAGAAGUUGGAGGAUUUGAUGAAUGAGAGGAAGGCUUGGAGGCAGGAGAAGAGGGCGUUGAUGGAGAACUUGCGGAUGAGUGAGGAAUAAUGGACGUGAGGUGGGUAGACUGGACGCUCAUUUUGGAUAAAACUAUGAAUGAAGCUUUGGGUAAUUCGGUGGGAGAGGGGGACGUCGCUCUUUUGUGAAGCCAAAGGAAGGAAAGGAGAGCCAGCAGCUUACAGAUACAUGGAUGCUGGGUUUGGUGUGUGUGUUUUUAAGGCUGAGCUGCCGAUGUAAAGACCUGAUAGUUUGUAGAUCAGACUGCAGGAAUACGAUGAGCUCUUUUUUUAAGCU